AUGACUAUACCUACAUUUGAUAAUCUUUUGAAAAAAGUGGAAAAAGAUUUGAAAAAGCGUGAUACAAACAUGAGGAAAAGCAUUAAACCAGAAGAAAAAUUAGCAAUAUGUAUAAGAUAUAUGGCUUCUGGGUGUUCAUACAAGGAUUUACAUUACGCCUACCGAAUCGGAGUGUCUACGAUCAGUAACAUUAUUAAGGAAGUAACGAAUGCUGUUUGGAACAACUUGCAUGGGGAGUUAUUACCCAACACAAUAUCUGACUGGGAAUAUAUCGCCAAUGGAUUUAAUACUAGAGCAAACUUUCCCCAUUGCAUUGGUGCAGUGGACG